CCCCGCGAAGUUUUAGAAUUUGCGCUUCUAUAUUUCGCAAUAUUUUUUUAGCGUCAGUGAUAACGCAUGUCAUACACCAACAUAUCGAGUACAUCAUCAAUAAAAAUAUUGUAGGCUUCCUGUCAUAUUUAUAAUUGACAUAAUGGGGGUUCAGAAUAUGUUAUACAACUAAGUAGGUCAGAAUGAAGUGAAAUUAAUUUUUAGUGAUAAGGAAUUCAAUAGGUGUUUAUAUUCGUUGCAUUUACAUUUUUUUUCUACCAAAGUAGACUUUCAAUCAAUCAUCUAUACAAUCUAUUUAUUAUUUAUUAUUUAAUUUUUAUUUAACUCCUAUAUUUAAUAACCUAUAAAUGAUAAAUUAAACUCUUUAUAAUAUUAUUAAAAUCUUUCGCUCAAUAUAUUUAUCAAUAACCUUGCAUUUAAUCUCAAUCAAAAGCUAUCACAUCAUUUAAUGUAAAGAGUGUAAAUUUUUUCAUUGUUGAGAUGAUCAAAGUUCAUUAGAUCUCGUGAUUUGUUACAAUUAUGUACACUUGUGUGACCAGUCUCAGUUACAUCUGCAAUAUUAUGUGAUGGAAUUGAUAUCAGAAGAGGAUCAUAUUGAUUUUACAAUUGAUGAAAAUGAUUCUAUUGAUGGUGCGAAGAAAAUUGUAAGCAAACUACGUCCGACUUGGUCUUAUGAUCAAUUACAAUACAAGAUCUUCACCAAUGGCAUUACCAACAAAUUAAUUGGCAUCUAUCUCCCAGAUCGUUAUGACGAAAUGGUAUUAGUGAGAAUUUACGGCAAUAAAACGGAUUUAUUAAUAGACCGUAAAGAUGAAAUAAGAAAUAUCAAGAUUAUGAAUAAAGCAGGAUACACGCAUUCUCUCUAUGCGACAUUCAACAAUGGAUUGGCGUACGAAUUUUUACCAGGGGAAAUUUUGACACCUGAAACAGUUAAAAAGCCGGAGAUUUAUUGUUUAGUUGCUAAACGACUUGCUCAAAUGCACAGGUUAUGUCCUGAAGAGUGUCUUCCGAAAUUCGAUGGUUUCAGUGGCUCUAAAGAGCCAGUUAUUUGGAAAAAAAUUGAAAGGUUUAUGGAAUUGAUGCCAAAGAAAUUUGAUGAUUCAAUUAAACAAUCAAGGUUCAAAAAAUUUAUUAAACCUUACAAAGUAUUGGCAGAUGAAUAUAAAUUGUUGAAAAAUCAUCUGACACAACUCGACAGUCCAAUCGUUUAUGCACACAAUGAUUUAUUAUUAGCAAACAUUCUGUAUGAUAAAGAAAAUCACACAGUUACUUUUAUUGACUUUGAAUACUCUGGAUUUAAUUAUCAAGCAUUUGAUAUUGCUAAUCAUUUCGCUGAGUUUGCUGGUGUUGAGGAAAUUGAUUAUUCACAGUAUCCAGAUGAAACAUAUCAACGUUCAUGGCUACGAAUUUAUUUACAAGCAUACAAACAAUCAAGUAAUGUAUCUGAAGAUGAGGUAACAGUGUUAUUCAAACAAAUCAAUAAAUUUGUUUUGUUAGCACAUUUUUUGUGGGGCUGUUGGGCUCUUAUACAAUACGAACAUUCGACAAUCGAUUUUGAUUUCCUUAACUUUGCUGCAACACGAUUCAAUGAAUAUUUCAAACGCAGAGGUAGUCUUGAACGAGAUUAAUGAAGGCUAAGUGAUAAAGACAUAUUAACAGCUGUGUUUAACUUCAUCUGAUAUAUAUAAAGUGUAAAUAAAAUAUAUUGAAUGGACUAGAAUGAAGAAUAUUUGUAUUGGUUAAUGAGAAAAGAAUUUAUUUAUCAUGGAAAUUGUAUUUAACAAUGUUA